AUGUCUAUAACAGUCAGUUUAGGUCUUUUGCAUUCUUCUUCUUCAUUUUCACCUUUUAAAAUAAAUACAGCUUAUUGCGAUGCACAACUGAUUCAGCGAACAAUGUUUAUGAAAGAAGCUGUCACAAAAGAUAAAGUGUUCAAACAAAUAUUACCAGCUAAUCAACAAGAAAGAAAAUCAAUCAUACAUGAUAUUUGGGAGCUAGUUAAACCUGAUAUCGUUUUACUUGGACUUAUCGUCUUGACUGCUGUAGGUGCAGCUAUUGUACAAUUGCAGACACCGUUAGUGACUGGUGAAUUAAUUAAUGUAUUAUCUUCUAGUGUCCAGGCAGCUGCUGAUGGCUUAGGCGCACUGACUAUUCGGGACCUGAAUGCACCUGCACUGAAAUUGUUUGGGCUCUUGACAGCUCAGGGGAUUUUUACGUUUGCUCAUAUAUCUUUAGUUUCUGCCUUUGGUGAAAAUGUUGCAAAACGAUUACGUGCUAAAUUGUUUUCUGCUAUUAUUCGACAAGAUAUUUCAUUUUUUGAUUGUCAUCGAAGUGGUGAACUUAUAAGCCGUUUAACAGCUGAUGUAUCUGAAUUCAAGAGUACCUUUAAGCAACUCGUAACUCAAGGACUUAAAUCUAUAACUCAGACUGUUGGAUCAACUAUUCAGCUUUUUCGUAUUUCUACUCCAUUGACAAUGACUAUGCUUGCUACAAUGCCUAUUCUAUAUAUUUUAUUAAAUAUAUAUGGUGCUUACUUGCGUAAAUUGAGUAAACUAAAUAAAGAAUUAGACGGGUAUUCAGGGGGUGUUGCUGGAGAAGUGAUUACAAACAUAAGAACUGUACGUGCCUUUGCGUCAGAAGAUCGUGAGAUGGAACAUUAUCAGGAUGCAUGUGCACAGGUAGCUCGCGCUAAUCAACAUAUGGGCCUUCAUAUCGGUCUCUUUCAGGGACUGACCAACAUAUCAAUAGGCUGUAUGGUAUUAACUGUUCUUUAUUAUGGCGGGUCCCUGGUUGUUGAAGAUAAACUGACUAGUGGUGAUCUUAUGUCAUACAUGCUCUCGACACAAACCGCACAACAUUCUUUAGUUUCAUUAGGUGUUUUAUUUGGUCAAACAAUUAAGGCCGCUGCUUCCGCUACGCGUGUGUUUGAAUUUAUUUAUUUAUAUCCUCAUGUACCACUUAAAGGAGGAAUUGUACUUGAUCAUGUCCAAGGUGAUGUCGUAUUUCGUCAUCUUGAAUUCAGUUACCCAACACGUCCAGAUCAAAAGGUAUUGGAUCAGUUUAGUCUAACUGUACCUAGAGGCACGACUGUAGCCCUUUGUGGGGCUUCAGGUUCUGGGAAAUCAACGGUUGCCUCAUUACUUGAACGAUUUUAUGAACCCACAGAGGGUGAUAUCCUUCUAGACGGUCAUGAUCUAAAGACCUUGGAUCCCUCUUGGUUACGACAUCAUAUUGGAUUUAUCAACCAAGAACCUGUCUUGUUUGCAACCUCUAUUUUAGAAAAUAUUCGCUAUGGAUGUCCUGAUGCUACACUAGAUGAGGUUAAAGAAGCUGCACGACAAGCCAAUGCUGAAUCAUUUAUCGAAGGAUUUCCUGAUGGCUACAAUACCAUUGUUGGUGAACGUGGUGCUGCUCUUUCAGGAGGUCAAAAACAACGAAUUGCUAUUGCUCGUGCUAUCUUGAAGAACCCAAAGCUCAAAGUGAAAAAAUGGUUCAAGAUGCCCUUGAUAGAUUAA